CAGAGAAAAUGUGAAUGGAAUGUGAACAUUGUCCGCCCUCUCCAACCCCUCCCAAAGCAAUGAACCGCUGCUGGCACACUGAGGGAUUGAUCCGCCUUGCGCGCAGCACACACUGCUAGUUGGCAAAGGAGUGGCGGCGGGAGCUCGCGCCGCUCUGAUCGCGAGACUGUCGCUGACCUUGGUGCUGAACGCUUUCACCUCCCUUAACUGUCACUUUGCACCUAAAAAAGUGACAGUGCGAGAAAAGGAACUGAACCAGUUCUUAUUUGAUCAUACCUCGUUUUUUAUUUGCUGUUAUACGAUUUUAUUUCCAACUCAGUUUGAAGCUAAGAAUAAUUUAUUGACUGCAAUCUGAGAUGGCAUCGCGUGCCCUUAUCGCGCGCAGGGCAGUUUAUGAGUAUAAAAUUAUGAGUAGACAGAGCCAGGGCACUUCUGAUAUCUCUCUUGUGUAGGCGGAUUUUUUUUUUUUUUUUUCCUUCGCUCGUGAAUUUUCCUCAUCUGUCUUACUGAAUCAUUGAUCCGCUGGGUAUCGGUCCGGUAUGCUCUGUCAUCUCACACAGUGACAUGGUACUUUAACAUUACCGGGGAAAAAACGAGGGAUUAUCACAUUUGGACAUGGAGACUCCGAGGGAACCUGGUUUUGUGCCCAGCAAAGAGGGGCUGAAGCAACUAGCGGGGAAGACACUGGGGCGCGUGUACAAAGUGCUAGAAAAGAGGCAAAAACCUGGCGACAACAUUGAAUUGACCGAGGAUGGACGGCCUUCCCAGACAAGUGAGAAAAAGCCACCUUUGUGCGACUGCACGUGCUUUGGACUUCCGCGCCGCUACAUCAUCGCCGUCAUGAGCGGCCUCGGGUUCUGCAUCUCCUUCGGUAUUCGGUGCAACUUAGGCGUGGCAAUAGUGAGCAUGGUGAACAACAGCACCCUUCACCUGAACGGAAAGAUCGUCAUCAAAGAGAAGGCAAAGUUCAACUGGGACCCGGAAACAGUUGGAAUGAUCCAUGGCUCGUUUUUCUGGGGAUAUAUUGUGACACAAAUUCCCGGAGGAUACAUUUGUUCUAGACUGGCGGCAAACAGGGUAUUCGGCGCAGCCAUUUUCCUCACGUCCACACUGAAUAUGUUCAUCCCCACAGCUGCACGUGCUCACUAUGGUUGCGUCAUAUUCGUCAGGAUAUUACAAGGGCUUGUAGAGGGUGUGACCUACCCAGCCUGUCAUGGGAUCUGGAGUAAAUGGGCUCCUCCACUGGAAAGAAGCCGUCUAGCCACAACCUCUUUCUGUGGUUCCUAUGCUGGAGCUGUCAUUGCCAUGCCUCUAGCUGGGAUCCUGGUGCAGUACACUGGCUGGUCAUCUGUUUUCUACGUAUAUGGGUGUUUUGGGAUGUUCUGGUAUUUGUUCUGGAUCUUGGUGUCAUAUGAGAGCCCAGCUGUACAUCCCACCAUCACUGCUGAAGAACGCUGCUUCAUUGAGGAGAGUAUCGGAGAGAGCGCUAAGCUGCUAGGACCUGCAGAAAAAUUCAAGACACCUUGGAAGAAAUUUUUCACGUCCAUGCCUGUCUAUGCAAUCAUUGUGGCCAACUUCUGCAGGAGUUGGACCUUCUACUUGCUGCUCAUCAGCCAGCCUGCAUACUUUGAGGAGGUGUUUGGCUUUGAGAUUAGCAAGGUUGGCAUGCUGUCCGCCUUGCCCCAUCUGGUGAUGACCAUUGUAGUACCCAUUGGAGGACAGUUAGCUGAUUACCUUCGCGUCAAAAACAUCCUGUCAACUACAACAGUUCGGAAGAUCAUGAACUGCGGAGGCUUUGGGAUGGAGGCCACUCUCUUAUUGGUUGUUGGUUACUCGCACAGUAAAGGGAUGGCCAUUUCAUUCCUUGUGUUGGCUGUCGGCUUCAGUGGAUUUGCAAUAUCAGGUUUUAAUGUCAAUCAUUUAGACAUCGCUCCUCGCUAUGCCAGUAUCCUCAUGGGAAUCUCUAAUGGAGUGGGAACUCUGUCAGGAAUGGUGUGUCCUCUUAUAGUGGGUGCCAUGACCAAACACAAAACCCGAGAAGAGUGGCAGUAUGUGUUCCUUAUCGCUUCCAUGGUGCAUUAUGGCGGCGUUAUCUUCUAUGGCAUCUUCGCCUCUGGGGAGAAGCAGCCGUGGGCAGAUCCGGAGCAGACCAGUGACGAGAAGUGUGGUUUCAUUGAUGAAGAUGAGCUGGCUGAGGAAACAGGGGACAUCAACCAGAGCUACAGUGCCAUGGGAGGUCCAGCCAAGACCUACGGGGCCACCACGCAGUUGAACGGAGGAUGGGCAGAAGGAUGGGAUAAACGAGAGGUGUUUGUACAGGAUGGUGUGGAAGAAGAGGGUUACGGAUACAGGCAGGGUGGGGAUUACUCCUAGACCUUGCAAACACACACAUACAGACACGAACACACACACACACACACACACACACAGACAGACAGACAGACAGAAAUACCUACAGUGGCGCAAGAAAAGUAUUCAAAAAAACUUCACAAGUCACAGUUGAAAACGUGUAAAUUCCAUCGCAUUAAAUAACAAGAUAUCAAACCAAGUGCAAUCUGUAACAAAUCAGCUUUUCUUUAGUGGCUGUAUGAAGUGUCCAUUUGAAGUCUCUUCAUAAAAAUAUAUAUGUAGUUAUAUAUGAAUAAUGUAUAUGAUAUUUAAUUAUAUUAUCCAAUCUAACAAACUUGUUUUUGUAAGAUGUUUAGCUUUAAAAAAAUGAGUUAAUGUAAUGACAUUUAUACAUUUUAACUAUGACUUAAACAUCCAGAUACUUUUUGAGCCACUCUACAGUAUAAAAAUAUAUGAUAGAUUUUAUAGGGUCUGUAAGCCCUAAAAAAAGAUUAUCGAUUAUCGAUGUACAAAACCCUAAGAAUUGAUAUGUUUGCACAAAUUGAAGUGAUGAAAUCCUACAUUUAAAUGUGUCAAUUAUACAAAGAGGGAAUUCCAUAUCAAAAUUGGCUGACUGUAAAUGUUCUAUGUAUUAAAAAGUAGAGUAACUUCAUUUCAAGUGCAAUCGUGCAUCACAAGUUUUUCCACCCCAUUAUUCUGAGCCUUUACAACAUAGAAAAGCCUUUAGAGUUUGUCAGGCAACUGGCUUCCAGAACUAAGGCUCGGAUAAUGAAUCUCAUCCAUGGAGAAAAACCGCUGUGGAGAAUUCCAACCAAGCAACAGGUUUACACUGUCUUUUUCUGAUUGCACUAAGGGAGCUGGACAAUGUUGUUUAACAGCACACUAAGUGGGUGUUUAUAUCUUAUUAUGUGUUACUUGUCCAUCGUAUAAUUCAUAUUUCUGAGAGAUUAAAGAGCACUUUGGUCUUUGACACUGCAGAGAAAAAAAGCACAGUUGUUCAGAUGACGUAAAAGCAACAAAAACAAUGUUUCUCAAGCUCAGCAGGUUGUUUCAAUUGGAUGGUGUUGUUCUAUUUGGUGUCUGGUGUAAUAGAUGAAACUUGGGUUUAAAUCAUUGGAAAUGUCUGGGAACAUUAUCGCAAAAGCUACAAAAAAGCAAAAGCACAGGGUGUCAAAACUCCAAGACUCUUUAAAUUCCAUUCCAUUCUUUUAACUCCAUGCCAUUUUGACAUCUGUGAAUGUUAGUUAUGCAUGGGUUAAAAUAGUUUUUGUAAAUGUUGUUUUUCAUUUGACUAUUACUACGUUCUUUUACUUUACAAAACUGUUACUGCCGUGUCAAUUUCUUUGCACAAUUAACCAAAGGUAACCUGUAGUGUGGGGUUUUAGCUGGGAUGGGGGAAAAGUGUCCAUUGGGAAAACACGUCUGUCUAAGGGCUGACACAGUCCUAGCAGCAGGUAAUGACCAUAUUCAAUGGACAAAGCAAUAAAGCCAUGGUAACAGUUACUUAGCGGUCACUUCACCCAAAAAUAUGUAACAAGUUAGCACAUUUAUCUGUAAUCAUUUUGGUUUAAAUGUUUUGUGAUGACAAUUAAAAAAAAAGAAGAAAAGAUUAAACAAUUACUUGCUGUUAAAGUAUAUAUAAAUAUACAUAUGAAAAUAUAUUUAGAUUUAGUAAGAGUCCAGUGCAACUCUCAUUGAGAGUCUGUGUGCUGGACCCACUCACCAGAAGAGAAUGAUUCUUAAGUGUCACCUGCAGCUGCUUCCCGGCCGGACGAAGGUCUCACCGGGGUCCUCAGCUCCGCAGGUGACCGCACCUCUGUAGUCGUCCUGUAUGGUUGCCAGUGGUUGCUUUUUGAGAGUAUGUUGUUGUCGGGUAUCUUUUACGUUAAUCCUCUCUUUUUGUCCUUCCCCAUUGUUUCUGGUCUGUGUUUUGUCUGUGGCUAGAGAAGCGCUCCCUUGCUCCCCUUCUUUCCUCUUCCUCCUUGCAUUUUCCCACUCCUGUUGCAAUAUUCAGUGACACAAGGAUUGUGUGUAAAGGUAUUCAAAUAUCUUCAAAAAUGACAGUAAUUUGCCUGAUGAUUUUGAGGUACCUUAUUCUUGUUUCCUGCCUAUGAGUAAAGUGUGGAUAUAUGGCUUCCUUUUGCUGUGUUACUGUAAAUGGAGAGGUUUGUUGAUGUGAAAUUGAAAUGCUCUAUAUAGCCUUUUUUAUAUAAAAUUAUAACAAAAUUGUA